AUGGCCGCCCAGUCGAAACUGUACCUCCUCCCCCCCGAGCGGCCGAUCCGCCGGAUCCUCUCCAGCCUAGCAAGGACGUACCUUCAACACCGCACACAUAUUUCUCGCGGCGUGUAUCUCGCCCUGUUUGCCACGCUAGUCAAGCGCAUCCACGAUGCUGUCGUCGAACAAAAGGCUGCGUCACAACGGGCGGCGGACCUACGCGACCGGCCCGGAACGAGCAGUCUAGGCGGGGAUGACAACGGGAAAAAUAAUAACAACAACAACACGAAGAAGAAAAAGGUCGAGAUUAACCGUGAGUUUGUCAAGAACCUGCUCCGUCUGCUUCGGAUUGUCAUCCCGGGCUGGCGGAGCAAGGAACUGCGCCUGCUGGUCAGCCACAGUGUGUUCUUGGUGCUGCGGACGCUGCUCAGUCUGUACGUCGCAGAACUGGAUGGCAAGCUGGUCAGCAGUUUGGUGCGUGGGAAGGGGAGGGAUUUCCUCCUGGGGAUUGUUUGGUGGAUGAUUGUUGCUAUCCCUGCGACGUUUACGAAUUCCAUGCUCUCUUAUCACCAAUGUAGGCUUUCGUUGAGCUACCGGAAACGACUGACGGAUUAUAUCCACGACAAGUAUCUGUCCAACAUGACGUUCUAUGCCAUCUCGGCGCUGGACGACCGGAUCAAGAACCCCGACCAGCUCAUCACGGUGGACACGUCGCGGUUCGCCGACAGCCUGGCAGAGCUGUAUUCCAACCUGGCCAAACCGGUGCUCGACAUGGCCAUCUACAAUUACUCGCUGUCACGCAGCGUGGGGGGCGAGGGCCUGUUCAUCAUGGGUCUGCUCGUCCAGCUGUCCGCCAACGUGAUGCGCAUGCUGACCCCGCCGUUCGGCAAGUAUGUCGCGGACGAGGCCCGGCUGGAGGGUGAGUUCCGCUUCCUUCACUCGCGUCUCAUCGACUACAGCGAGGAGGUCGCCCUGUACCACGGCCACAACGCCGAGAAGGAUACCCUCGACAAGGGCUACUUCACUCUCAUCAAACACGUCAACCGUAUCCUGCGCCGCAGGCUCUACCACGGCUUCAUGGAGGACUUUGUCAUCAAGUACUUCUGGGGCGCUUUGGGACUCAUCCUCUGUAGCGUGCCUGUGUUUUUCCGUAUCCCGGGUCAAGUUACCCAGACCAUGGGUGAUCGGACGGAAAGCUUCGUAACCAAUCGCCGGAUGCUGCUCUCCUCGUCCGACGCGUUCGGCCGACUAAUGUUCUCGUACAAGGAGAUCUCCGAGCUAGCCGGGCACACGGCGCGCGUGUCGUCACUGUUGGAGGUGAUGGACGACCUGGCCGCGGGGCGGUUCGAGAAGAAGCUCGUGUCCAGCGCGUCGACAGAGGAGAACGCGGCCGUGCUCUCCGGGCGAGGCACCGUGACGACAAGCAGCGACUCGAUCGAGUUUCGCGAGGUGCCCAUCGUCUCGCCCAACGGCGACGUGCUCGUCCGCCGGCUCUCCUUCCGCGUCCAGCGCGGCGACCACCUGCUCAUCGUGGGCCCCAACGGGUGCGGCAAAUCUUCACUCUUCCGCAUCCUAGGCGGCCUGUGGCCCGUCUACGGCGGCCACGUCGCCAAACCCCCGCCCUCGGACAUCUUCUACAUCCCCCAGCGCCCGUACCUGUCGCGCGGCACCCUCCGCCAACAAGUCAUCUACCCGGAUACCCUGCGCGACAUGCACACCCGCAACAUCACAGACGCAGACCUGUACGAGAUCCUUGCCACCGUCGAGAUCGCGGGGGUCGUCGAUCGCCCUGCAGGCUGGGACGCAGAGGAGGAAUGGCGCGAUGUUCUUUCCGGAGGCCAGCAGCAGCGUAUCGCCAUGGCCCGCCUCUUCUACCACCGCCCCAAAUUCGCCAUCCUAGACGAAUGCACCUCCUCCGUCACCCUGGAGAUCGAACGCGUCAUGUACGAAACCGCAAAACGUCUAGGCAUCACCCUCAUGACCGUCUCCCACCGCCGCAGUCUAUGGAAGUAUCAUAGGAAAAUCCUCCAAUUCGACGGCCAGGGCGGCUACAUCUUCACCGCGCUCGAUUGGGAGAGAAGACUGAAAUUGGAAGAUGAAAAGGAGGAUCUCGAUCUGCAGCUCCGUGCUGUGCCGGAGUUGCAGCGGCGGAUUGCUGAGUUGACGGCUACAUAG